AUGGCCAGUGUUGACGAUAUUUUCAAAAACUCGGGUGUUCCUAGCAAAAGGAAGCUAGAUGCUAUCAAAGAUCCCAAUGAAAUAUACAAAGCUAGUAAACUAAGUGCGAAUGGACCAAACCGUCGCGCCCAUGUCCAAGACCAUCCCGACGACGAUCAUGAAGCCGGUCCACAACCGGACGAUGACGGCGAUUUCGGUCCCGCCAUGCCGCCAGACGAAGACGACGCAGGCGAUGACGAGGAGGGCCGUUUCUUCGGCGGCGGCAUAAGCAAGCAAGAGUCACAGAUUCUCGACUUUGUCGACGAAGCAGGCGACGCAGACCAAGCCCUAGACAAGAUCGACGCGACAUGGCUGCGCAAGACGGCUCUAAACUUUGAAAAGCACAUCACCAAAAACGCCGAAUUGCGAGCCAAAUAUGAAGAUGAGCCUCAAAAAUUCAUCAGCAGCGAAGCCGACCUCGACGCCGACAUCAAGAGCCUUUCCAUCCUGUCAGAACACCCAGAGCUGUACCCCGACUUUGUGGAGCUCGGUUCCGUAAACAGCCUUGUCGGCCUGUUGGCUCACGAAAACACAGACAUUGCCAUUGAUGCCAUAGAGAUCAUCGGCGAGUUGACCGACGAGGAUGUGUCAGCUGAGGAUGAGCCAUGGAACGCGCUGGUAGACGCCAUGAUUGAGUCAGACCUCAUCGGACUGCUAGUCUCCAAUUUUUCACGCCUCAACGAAGAUGAAGAAGCAGAUCGCAACGGGGUAUACUACGCGCUCGGAAUAAUAGAGAACCUCUGCUCCCGAGCCGCUACCGCUACACGAAUAUGCCAAGAAGACAGCCUAUUGAAAUGGCUUCUCCAGCGAAUUCAGCGCAAGGAAUCACUCGUAUCCCAAAACAAGCAGUAUGCCGCCGAGAUCCUCGCCCUCCUAGCGCAAGCAUCGCCCGAAAAUUGUCAGCAACUGUCCAAUCUCGACACCAUCGACAACCUCCUCCAACUAGUAGCCACGUACCGCAAACGGGACCCCGACAAAGGCGGCGAGGAAGAAGAAUACAUGGAGAAUCUCUUCGAAGCACUAACAUGUCUCGCGGACCAGCCCGUCGGAAAGACCAAAUUCGUCGAAGCAGAAGGCGUAGAGCUAUGUCUCAUCAUGCUCAAGGAAGGGAAAAUGAGUAAAGUCCCCGCACUACGACUACUAGACCACGCCGCGUCAGGCACAGCCGGCACAGACGUCUGCUUGAAAAUCGUAGAAGCAGGUGGUCUCAAGGGUGUAUUCACGCUGUUCAACAAGACGCAGGAUCACCGGCUACUCGGCCACUUGAUCAGCAUAUUUGCGUCCAUGCUACGCCUCCUACCAGCGUCUUCGGCCGAAAGAAUACGCACGUUGGCGAAAUUUGUAGAGAAGGACUACGAAAAGACCGUCAAACUCGUCAAACUACACAGGGAGUAUUCCUCCCGCGUAAAAAGGGCAGAAGAUGAAUUCGCACAGCAAGGCGCACAGGAUGCAGACGCCGAGAUCGAGCUCCUCCUGCAAAGAUUAGAUGCCGGCCUCUCGACACUGCAGCAGCUAGACGUCACGCUCGCAUGGCUCGUCGCCGAAGACGCAGGCGCAUCCAGAAAGAUCAAACUGCUACUCGCGGAGCGUGAUGAGAAUCUAUCCACUCUAGCGACCAUCCUGUCAGAACAGCAAGGCGGGCUAGAUACAUCAGAGGAGGACAGCAAAGACCUAAGCGAAAUGCUAGGCACACUGAUACAAUUCCUCUCGUAG